CUCGCCGAGAUGGAACCCUGUAGCGUGCACGACCCUUGUCAAGUGAACUCCUACACAGGAUACUUGCACUUUUUGGCCUAUACGAAUCUCUAGGAAGGUCCUUUGCGUUCUUAAAGGGUUAGCUCCGUUCACGGCUGUUGUUGAAAAGUGUCGGUGUUCAAGUCAGUGUCUCGUGUUGCGAUUUUCCCUCGAGGAUUCCCUUCAGGAGAUUAGUGUUCUUACCUCGAACGGAUCGACGGCGAAGAAUUCAGAUUUCCGCGGAGGAGGAGCCUCUGCAGAAUCGGCCUAAUAGUCUCAGUGUGUGUGUGUUAUUGCUCUGGAAGUGUUGAAAUCACCAUACAUUCAGGCGUCGAAAAAUGUUUCUGAGCGUGAGCUAUUUUGAAAAACGGGUGACAAAACGGUUGGCCCAGUUUCGCCCAGCCGCGGGGCGGGCACGGAGCGCGGUUGCGGGGCCCGCGCCAGGCUCAAAUUAGAGAGUAGUGAGUGUCUAAAGUGUAGUUUGUGUAGUUUCAACAGCCGUAGUGCUCGAUUCUGAGCUUUCGCGAGCUUUUUCUCUCUGUUGCUGUGCCGCCUGCCCCAGGGUAAUUUGCUGUUUAGUGAAAUUUCGUGGCGAUCAUCUACGACCCCCUCCCGUUCGCGGCAAGGAGCAGUAGUAUGCGGUGCGGGGUGUCCAGAAAAUCUGUGGCGUGACUGAAAUCCGGCCCAAGAUCAGUGCGUGCAACGCGAAAAGGGAAAGGAAAUAAAAGUGUGUCAACCCUUCCGUUAAAAAGCAAUAUGUGUGUGAGCAAUAAUAUUUACCACUCGCGACCCCAGAAAAUUCGAACGGUAAUUGUAUCUUAAGCAAUUCUAGACAUUCUAAUUGAGUGCGUGUGCGUGUGCAAGUGGAAGUCCAACCGCUCAUUCUUUCUUACGGCCCAGAAUAUAUCAGAAUAAUUGUGUGCAUGGCAGAAACUCCACUUUGGGACUUCUCUCAACAGAUGAACACGUUUCGGCGAAGAGCCUAAGCCCCAGGCAACGCAUUGUGGCGUGUGUCGCACUGCAACGUUCAAUAAGCAUCACUGAACCGAAUCGCAACAACCCUUUUCGGAGCAAUGAAAUCCAAGUCUAUUUGCGCUGUAAUUAGCUUAGUGUGUUAAUUUCAUGAUAUUAAAUUAUCAUCAUCAAUGGCCAUCGUUUCGAAAUCAAAAUAAAGGGUGUGAAAUUAAAGCAAACAAAACGCAAAUAAUAGGAAAAACGAAUUCUACUUAAUCAAAUUAGUUUAGUUUAUUAUUCAAAAAAAAAGAGAAAAUUACUCGAAAAAAAUCUCUCUAGUCACUUGAAUAAAUCAAAUAUUUCGCGAAUAAAUUAAUUAGUGCAAUUAGGAUAACAUAAUAGAACGCGUUUAUGAAAUUAUCUAGUUCAAUCAAUAAAUUGUGUAUAAAUUUGUGUAAAUAUUUAAUUCACCCUAGAAACCUUUUACUAUUAUUAUUGCAAUCAAAUUAUUCAUUUAUUCGAUCUAAUCGAUUCGAUUCAAUCAAAAUCAAGGAAAAAUUAAAGGAAAAAUUUAAAAAUUCAAAAAAAAAUUAAUAAAAGAAAUUAAAGAGUUAUUAAUAGUGAAUGAAAUUUUGUGAUUUAUAUAAUCGUUGAUGAUAUAGAAUGUAUUAUAAAUGCUGUAUGUUAUAAUGAUAGCGUUCAAGUUUGUGCAUUUUAAUCAAAUGAGAAUAACUAUUAGUCAUGAUAAUCAUGAAGGUAAUAUAGGGCCGGAAUAGUAACGGAUUACUACAUAUGAAUUUGUUGUUAAUCAGCAUAUAGGGAUUAUAUUUUUUGCCAAAAUGACCGAUAGCGCAUCACCAAACGAAGAUAAAGUUGCCAAACAACAAGUGGUUGCCUAUACGCAAAAAUCGCAAAUCAAACAUGAAAAUCGACAUAUCCAAUUGGUCCGCGAAUAUGGAUUUCAUCCCCGCACAAAAGCCACCAUCGAAGAUGGAGAUGUGCUUCCUAAAAAAUUUGAACCCUUUCCACCAACCAUGUAUGGAAAACCACUGGAAGAAAUCGACAAUUUCAUCUAUGAAGAGACAUUCUGUGUGGUAUCGAAGCGUUUUCGAAAGAACUACAUUCAUCGAUUUACUGGAACCAAAAGCCUUUUCUGUUUUCAUCCGUGGAGUCCCACACGUCAAUUAUGUGUUUAUAUAGCAACGAACCAGUAUUUUGACUAUUGCGUAAUGGCAACUAUAUUGCUCAAUUGUGUCUUUCUGGCAAUGACUGAAACGUUCGAGGAAGCCGAAUAUAUUUUUUUGGCAAUAUAUACAUUAGAAAUGAUAAUAAAAAUAGUAGCCAAAGGUUUCUUGUUAAAUAAAUACACAUAUUUAAGAAAUCCAUGGAAUUGGUUAGAUUUCAUUGUUAUCGCAAGUGGUUAUGCAACAAUUGGCAUGGAAGUUGGCAAUUUAGCUGGAUUGCGUACAUUUCGUGUAUUAAGAGCUCUUAAGACUGUUUCCAUAAUGCCCGGUCUAAAAACUAUUAUUAAUGCUUUAUUACAUUCGUUUAGACAAUUAGCUGAAGUUAUGACUUUGACUAUAUUUUGUUUAAUGGUAUUCGCGUUAUUCGCUCUACAGGUUUACAUGGGCGAACUUAGGAAUAAGUGCGUAAAAAAUCUUCCAAAUGAUUGGGUGAAUGUGACAAAAGAUGAAUGGCAGAGUUGGAUAAAUGAUACGGAUAAUUGGUUGUUUAAUGACGAUGAAAUGCCAAUGUUAUGUGGUAAUUUAACAGGAGCGAGGCAUUGUCCAGCAGGUCACACAUGUCUCUGCGUUGGUGAAAAUCCAAAUCAUGGCUACACGAAUUUCGAUAAUUUCAUGUGGUCUAUGCUAACAACAUUUCAACUAAUUACGCUUGACUAUUGGGAGAACGUUUAUAACAUGAUACUGGCAACAUCGGGUCCAAUGAGCGUUUCAUUUUUUACUGUGGUUGUGUUUUUCGGUUCAUUUUAUUUAAUAAAUUUAAUGUUAGCCGUAGUCGCUCUUAGUUAUGAGGAAGAAGCAGAAAUUACGAACGAGGAGCGUAAAAAAGACUUAAUGGAUCAUCGUGACGAUUCAACUUUUAGUUUUGACCCGUCCAUUUUGAGUGUAAAAAAGUUAAAUAAACACUAUAAGAAGAAAAUCGAUUCAAGAAAAGGUGUACUGUUAGCAUCAUAUUCAAAAAAGAAGACACGGCGAAGAAAAAAGGGCAAAGAGGGUGGAAAUAAUAGUAAUGGAAAUGGUCAAAGCAACGCCUGUUCAGCGACACCUAGCCCUGUUACUAGCCCUAAACAUACUUGCACAAGGCCCCAGACGAUAGCCGUGCAACGAGCGAAGGGUGAAGUUUCAUGUCAGAGUGUCCAAAAUCCUAAUACGCUUCAUCCACUUGGGCCUAACUAUCGAGGACAGCUUCUCCCAGGGAGCAGACAAGCUAGCUCGAAUGCUAGUGAGGGUGGUGUUAACCGUGAAUCGUCGCUUGAUGAUUCCGGAGUUGUUGAUGAUCAUGAUGAUCAUGAAACAGGGACUGAAUUGGUUCAUGCUGCGCAUGCAGCCACUGUUGAACUACAACGAGAUAUUACGCCUGUAACAUUAGCAUUAUCACCACGUGAAAUUCGAAUAAUAAAAUGCAACGGAAAUAUUGCACGAAUUAAGAAGCAUAACGUGUAUGCUCUUCAUCCGGAAUAUUCUUCCCAAAUAGUAGUAAUUGAUGAUCUUCCAGAUCGAAAUUGUGACAGAUGUGUUCAAUGCUGUGUAGAUUAUGAGGGAUGGUUACAGUUUCAAAAUUGUUUAUAUAAGGUUGUUAAAGAUCCUCUUUUCGAAUUAGCUAUUACGUUAUGCAUAGUUUUAAAUACGAUGUUUCUCGCAAUGGAACAUCACGGUAUGAGUGAGAAUGUACGUCAAGCCUUAGACAUCGGCAAUAAAGUUUUUACAUCAAUAUUUACUUUCGAAUGCAUUGUCAAAAUAAUGGCGCUAUCAAAAGACUAUUUCCAUUGCGGUUGGAAUAUUUUUGAUCUUAUUAUCGUUUCAGCUAGUUUAUUAGAUAUUAUAUUCGAAUUAGUUGACGGUUUGAGUGUUUUAAGAGGUUUAAGAUUGCUCCGCGUAUUAAAGUUAGCUCGAUCAUGGACUACUAUGAAAGUACUUUUAAGCAUUAUCAUUUCUACAAUAGGAGCAUUGGGAAAUUUGACGCUCAUCUUAGUUAUUGUGAUUUAUAUAUUUGCUGUUAUCGGUAUGCAGCUAUUUUCAAAAGACUAUACACCGGAUAAAUUUGAUCCUGAUCCGGUGCCAAGGUGGAAUUUCAAUGAUUUUUUCCAUUCUUUUAUGAUGAUUUUUCGAAUUUUAUGCGGAGAAUGGAUCGAACCGCUUUGGGACUGCAUGCGAGCAGAGGAGCAGAACGGAGCUUCCUCAUGUUUUGCAAUAUUUCUUCCAACCCUCGUCAUGGGCAAUUUUAUGGUACUCAACUUGUUCUUGGCCUUGUUACUCAACAGUUUCAACUCAGAGGAAUUAAAGUCAAAAAAGGAGAUAUUCAAGAAAAAGGAAGUUGGCGAAGAAUCCAAACUAGCUAGAAGUAUCGAACGUGUAAGAUCGCUCAUCCGUAAAAAGAGGAAUGCCAGCAAGGAAAAGAAAGCAAAUGAAUGCAGUUCAAGAUUUGAAAAAAUCGUAAGAGAAGCCCAACUUAAAGCUGUAAGUGUUCCACAACAAACAAAGCUGCACAGACUUAGUUAUCAGGAAUCCAUGAAUCGUCCGGUGUCAGUAUCGGAUUUUGGAUUAGAAAUCCCUCUAAAAGGUGGAUCAUCACAAGCAGCAGACGAAGACGAUAAACAAACAAGUAUUUAUGGUGAAACAGGGGAGCAACCAACAGUUGAUAAUGAAAGUCACAGGAACGAAUACGCCUUAUUACCAUAUACUGAAAGAAAACUACUUCAUCAAGUGUCUUCCGGAGUUGGUACUCAACAGAAUGACAGUCACGACGAGCCAACACUCACUGAGUCAAUUGAGCUACGCAUGAUGGGUCAAUUUACAUCAGUCGAUACAGACCCCGGUGAAAGUCAUUUACUACAAGGCGGCGAUUCUGAACUCCAAGAGUCCUAUCUCCUCUACCAAAAAUCCUUGUUAACACGAUCCCCCAGCUAUCGAAAAUCCAUCGAUGACUUGUCUAUUUCAACAGAAGCCAGUCAAAAAUCACUAAUUUCAAGUUCCAAGGAUCGACCGCCUGAAAAUCAACUUUCAAUCAAACGACCAGAAAGCGAACAUUCCCUGAAUACACUUUCAAUCGAACAGGAGAGUUUUCUAAACCAAGUGAACCUCAGGGAUGAACUUCUGAACUGUGAGCAAAAGGAGCUCUUUCAGUUUCUACAGGAUGACAUCGAGAAUAGCAAUAAUUACUUCAGCGAAACUGUGGGUUUUGGUAGUGCUGUUUUUGGAGGAGGCGAGACUGAUAGUUUGCUCCUUGAUUCAAAAAAGGAGAACUCCUUAUUUACGCAUAAUCGAAAGCCCUCAAGUUGUAGUCUGAGAUCAAAUCUAAGUUCAAUUUCUAAUUCGAUAUUCCAACAAUUUGAGCAACGAAGAAGCGGAAGCAUGUCAGGAUCAGAUAAAAUUUUCAUUAAAAACGAAAGCCAGGAUGUUCAGAAUGUUUACAAUACAAACGAUGAUCAGGACCCACUUGUUGAAAACUCUGAAUUUGAUAACAUAAUCAUGAGCUUUGAAAAGGAGCUGGAAGAGAUAAAAAAGUCAACGACGUCCCUGGAACGACGACUGUCCACGCUAUCGGAGCAGUCACCUCAAGUGGAGGACAAAAGUAAGAGCUUUGAAGCUGCCAUUGCUAGUCAGGAAAUAAUCACCUCCCAACCAAUCCAGCGUCGUGACAAGACCUUAAAAAAUCAAAAUUCAGCUUCCACAAAACGUCGAAGUCUUGAAAAACAAAAGAAAAUCGACGAUGACUUUAGCAUAUCGAAUGAAAUCAAAAAAAUCUGUGAACAAAUGCAAGCUCCUUUCGGUGAUAUUGAGAACUCUUCAACAAGUCCGCAUAGCCUUCUACAAAAUUUGGAAGCAAAAGUAAGUUUCGAUCGCCUAAAACGACGCAGCUUCAUUGACACAGUCCUUGAAGAUCCUGAAGAAGAGCAAGCUCUUAUCAAAAUCGAAAGUGAUAAACUUCCUCGCAGACAUCUCCGUGCGGCCGAUCUAAAAGCAGAAAGCCUUUCACUGAAAAGUACCGGAAGCUAUGAGAAUCUAUUUGCAAGAAAACAUGUUCCGAAAAAUCUAAAUUUACCAGAGAAACCAAAAAACGAACCGGAACACCACUUGCGAACAGCACCGAAGCAUGAAACUAUUGUGAAACCGGUAAUUGUAGAAAAGCCUAAGAGCGGAAGGGCAGGAGGAGACGAUAAUGGUGUUACUGAAAGCCCGAAAAGUUCACAUUCAAAACAUGGAUUCAUGAAAUUAUCUGAAAAACCUUGGCAUUGUUUGGUUUCCUACGUGGACGAUCUAACCGUUGGAGGGAGACGUAACUCGCAGGGGGCAUACAAUGAUCCAAUGUCUUUUCCAAGUUUCGGACGUAAUAAGACACCAAAAGUGCCACAAGAUUGCUUUCCACAAAAAUGUUAUGAUCACCUCUAUUUCAGAUGUCCUUGUUGGUUCAACUGCAUCGAUCCAAAGUGGACGAAAGCCUGGACCGAUGUACGCACCUCUGUACUCUCCGUGGUGGAUACUCCAGCGUUCGAAUGGUUUGUACUAGUGCUAAUCUUUGCAUCAAGCAUAACCCUUUGCUUCGAGGACAUCUACCUGGAUAGCAAUAAGCAACUUAAAAGGGUCCUUUACUGGACCAACUUCUCAUUUUGCUUUAUAUUCGUCGUCGAAAUGGUGCUCAAGUGGUUAGCCCUUGGUUUCUCAAAGUACUUCACUAGCUUCUGGACGAUCUUGGAUUUUAUCAUUGUUUUUGUCUCUGUUUUUUCACUUCUCAUCGAGGAAAACGAAAACUUGAAAGUCCUUAGAUCCCUUCGAACACUCCGUGCUCUACGCCCUCUUCGUGCCAUAUCCCGAUGGCAGGGAAUGCGAAUAGUCGUGAACGCCCUGAUGUACGCAAUCCCAUCCAUCUUCAAUGUCCUGCUCGUUUGCUUGGUGUUCUGGCUGAUAUUUUCGAUAAUGGGCGUGCAGUUUUUUGGCGGAAAAUUCUUCAAAUGCAUCGAUGAUGAUGGUGAAAUGCUUCCUGCUUCGCAUAUUAAUGAUAAAUGGCAGUGCCUUGAGGAGAACUUCACGUGGAUCAAUUCUAAAAUUACUUUCGAUCAUGUUGGGAUGGGAUAUCUAGCGCUACUUCAGGUGGCCACGUUCGAAGGAUGGAUGGAAGUUAUGGCGGACGCGGUGGACGCUAGGGGUGUAGACUUACAACCCCAGCGUGAAGCUAACUUAUACGCGUAUAUAUAUUUUGUGAUAUUUAUUGUGUGUGGCUCGUUCUUCACACUGAACCUGUUCAUUGGAGUUAUCAUUGAUAAUUUCAACAUGCUGAAGAAAAAGUAUGAAGGAGGAGUUCUGGAAAUGUUUUUGACCGAGUCACAAAAGCACUACUACACGGCCAUGAAGAAACUUGGCAGGAAGAAACCUCAAAAAGUUAUAAAACGGCCUAUAAAUCACUUCCUGGCAAUGUUCUACGAUCUGUCGAACUCAAGAAGAUUUGAAAUCGCCAUCUUCGUGCUCAUUUUCCUCAAUAUGCUAACAAUGGGAAUUGAGCACUACAAUCAACCCCAUGCAGUAUUCUUUAUCCUAGAAGUCAGCAAUGCAUUCUUCACCACCGUGUUUGGCUUAGAAGCGAUUGUGAAAAUCAUAGGACUUCGCUAUCACUACUUCACCGUACCAUGGAACGUCUUCGACUUUGUACUCGUGCUAGCUUCCAUUUUUGGUAUUCUCAUGGAGGACAUAAUGAUUGAUCUUCCGAUUUCUCCGACCCUACUUCGAGUUGUACGGGUAUUUCGUAUUGGACGAAUCCUUCGAUUGAUCAAAGCAGCCAAGGGUAUACGGAAGCUACUUUUCGCGCUAGUAGUCUCCCUACCGGCUCUGUUCAAUAUCGGAGCACUCCUGUCUCUAAUUACGUUCAUCUACGCAAUUCUGGGGAUGUCCUUAUUCGGACAUGUACGAUUACAGGGUGCCUUAGACGAUAUGGUCAAUUUUCAAACGUUCGGGCGAAGCAUGCAACUGUUAUUUCGUCUUAUGACCUCGGCUGGAUGGAAUGAUGUAUUGGAAUCGCUCAUGAUUCAACCACCUGAUUGUGAUCCCACAUUUAAUCGGCAAACGAAUGGCGAUUGUGGACAUCCUUUGUUAGCAAUAACUUAUUUUACGAGUUUUAUUAUAAUCAGUUAUAUGAUUGUUAUUAAUAUGUAUAUCGCUGUGAUCCUUGAGAAUUUCAAUCAGGCACACCAGGAGGAGGAGAUCGGCAUUGUUGAGGAUGAUUUGGAGAUGUUCUACAUAAGAUGGUCGAAGUACGACCCUCAUGCAACGCAGUUCAUUCACUUCUCUCAACUAUCCGAUUUCAUAGCAUCCCUUGAUCCACCUCUAGGCAUCUCCAAACCCAACACAGUAGCUUUAGUUUCAUUUAAUCUUCCAAUUUCCAAGGGAAACAAAAUUCACUGUCUUGAUAUCCUUCAUGCACUGGUAAAACACGUCCUCGGACAUGUUGAGGAGACUGAUAACUUCAAGCAAUUACAAGAACAAAUGGAUAUCAAGUUUAAGAAACAAUUCCCCACUCGCAAGGAAUUAGAAAUUGUUUCGUCGACUAGAAUUUGGAAGCGUCAGGAUAAGGCGGCAAGGUUGAUACAGAGCUCGUGGAGGGAAUAUCAAAGGUUGAAGAAGGAGCGUGAGCGGUCCAUCAACUCAGCAGAUGAGGACAACACCCAAGCGUCGAGUCCAGGAGGAUGGCAAGCGAAACUUCAGGCAUUGAAUUUCCUCCAUUUGUCAGUAAGUCGGCGAGGAACGGCUUGCUCAAGCCGGGCAUCAUCACGAAAAUCAUCAAGAGCUUCUGAUGCAUCUGACCUGAGUGAGCUAGCUGGACCGUGGUUGAAUCUACCGCUCAUGUUGGUAUCUGGAGCUGAUGAGCUGGUCAAGGAUAUUAGUUCACAAAAGGAUGAGAAAAGAAACAGCAUUCUAAUGGAUCCAUCUGGUAAACCCUCCCGUCGACGAAGUUUCUACAACUUCUUUCUACGCCAUCAAGAUGCAGUGGAUGAUUGUCUAGCUUCGCCAUCAGUACAACGAAAAGUAAAUGUUGGCACAACUCCAACCACGAGUGAAACCAAAACGCUUGCCUCCACCAAUUCGACUGCGCCACCUGUGAAUCGAAAACGUGCGACUAGCUUUAUACGCAAGAAACCACCCUUAGAACGAGGUUUGUCAGCACAAAGCGCUUUAAGAGUUAACAAAAAUGCUUUUGUCUCUGAUGGUCCAGCAGAAGUGAGUAUAUUAGUAACAAAGCCAUCACCGGAGGCACCAACUGGUCCCACUCUAACUUCUGAGAAUUCUACUUUAGUACAUGUUUUGGUACAUAGGGAAAGUGAGGAAUAUAAGAAUGAUGAGGAGGAGGUUUCUCCAUCUCCAUCAGAAAAAUCCAAAAAACUACCUGGAAUCACAAUAACUCCAGGAUCGGAUGACACUAUCAUCGCCGAUCUGGACCACCCAGUUGUGCAAAUUAUGGUUCAAAGUCCCACAGAACCGCCAAGUGGUGACUUCUCCGAGACACCGCCAGAAAGCGAACCACAGUCCGUUGACCAUAAUUCGACAAUUAUAAGUGUCGCUGAGGACAUUGAACAUGUGCAAGACGUGCAAAUCGAACAACACGAUCAACAAACGGAUCAAAAUGCGACAAUAAUCGAAAUCGAACAGAAAUCAGAUCAAAUCGAACCUUCUAGCCCAAACCCAAGGGAACAUUUAGACGAAUCUAGGGAAAUUCCACCGGAAUCCGAAAGGUGACCACCAGCAUCACCAGCACAGCUCGACGGACAAGAAGGUACUGCGCAGUCCAUUGCGGACACUGAAAAUAGCUGACAAUCUUCUAUUUGAGUACAACCUACUCGUUUAUACAAAUUAGAUAAAUUAUAUUCUAGUUCUUCUCAUUUCUUCAUAUAUUUAUUGUCUAAUAUAUACCUCAAAAUGUGAAACAAUCUAAGAUGAAACCAUUUGUAAUGCUUAAUCAAAUUCAAAUUCAAAAGCCGUUGUUAGUAGCAACAACGGAACAACAAUGGUAACCGAUCAAACUUGAACGUUUUAAGUGCUAGUUAAAGAUGAUGGAAGUAAAAAGUAUUCUCACAUAUUAGAUUAAUUAAUUAAUGUUAUUGAAGUAAUGAUUAUAUUGAACUAUUCAAUGAAUAGUAAGUCAUCAUGCCAAAAUGUGCAUAUUUUGUAAAAAAAAAAUUAAUAAAGUAAAUAACAAUUUAACGAACAAUUAAAUCGAUAAGAAAUGAAAUUUCUCCCAAACAAAUUAUUAUAUUGUAAAAUAAAUUUUUACCACAGCAAAAGCAAUACAAAAACUACUGAAUAUCAAUCAAUCGACAUCAGUACUUUCAUUACACGACAAAAAAAAGAUAUAUUUUUAUGAUUUCACGGUUGUUCUCUCUGUUUCAGUCCGAUUCGAAUCAAAGACACGA